CGCGUACACAUCCGGCGGUGCAGUCAUAAAUAUUGACAUGUGUAGUGAAUUGAGGACGUUGAGGACUAAUUAUUGUGCGUGCCAAGAAUGUUCCGAGGUAAUAUUCUACCCUUUAUUUCAGCGUGCUCAGUAGGCAUCGGUGCUUACCUCGGCUCCAAAUAUGAAAGAUAUAUGAACCAGCCUUCGGGGAUGUAUUCGAAUGCGAAAGCGGAGAAUUACUUCCCUUGGACAUUACAUGCAUCUUCAUUGACGCCAUACGAAGCCAAGCCUAGUCAGGGCAGCGCGCAGAAUUCAAACUCGUCACAGAUAAUGAAAUACGGAUUUCCAUCUUUAGAAAAUGUACGAGUUUUCGAUGAUUACGUUCUAGCAUACGAUAAAAGAAACAGAAAUGCUCACUGGGUGUUUGAACAUUUGGCACCAGAUAAACUGCCGUCGAAACAAACUGCGGACAGAAAAAAAUCAAAUUUCUUUGAAGACAAAAAUAUUCAUGAGAAAUUUAGAAGUUAUUUGAAUGAUUACAAAUACAGUGGGUAUGACAGAGGUCAUCUAGCAGCAGCAGGGAAUCACAGACAUAGCCAACAGGCUAUGGACCAGACUUUCACACUUAGUAAUAUAUCUCCGCAGGUUGGAGAAGGUUUCAACCGUGGAAUCUGGAAUAACCUGGAGAAAUAUGUAAGAAGUAUAGCACGUAAAAACAGAAAUACGUACGUCUGUACAGGCCCACUUUACUUGCCGAGACGAGAAGCAGACGGAAAGAUGUACGUAAAAUAUGAAGUGAUUGGUCAGAACAACGUUGCCGUACCAACACAUUUUUUCAAGGUCGUUGCCAUAGAGACAAAUGCAGGAGAGAUUGAAAUUUUAUCAUUCGUUUUACCGAACCAGCCAAUGAAAGACGACGUCCCUUUAAAAAACUUUCUAACUCCGUUAGACGCCAUAGAACGGGCGUCAGGAUUGUUGAUGUUUGAUAAAAUACCAUUGAACAAAGUGAAAUUAAUGAAUCAUCAAAAACCAAGAUAAGAUCUCCCUCUUCCAAUUAACCGCAUUUCUUAAAAAACACAAAAUUUGAUUUUGAAUUCCGUCCGAGUUGAUACAUUGUAGUUAUGAGUGCUGGUUUUUACAUGAAGAUUAGUAUUUUUUCAUACAAAUGCAAUGUAAUAUAUUGCAUUUCUUAAAUGCGGAAAUGUAGUGAAUGAACGAGAGACAUAUCCUGGGUGUGUAUAGGUGCUUAGUGCUUGGAAGUGCAGUGAUUUAUGUUUAACAACUUGUUAGAUGAUCAUGCCUGCUAGUUUCAGAUGAUCAUGCCUGCUACUUUCAGAUGAUCAUGCCUGCUACUUUCAGAUGAUCAUGCCUGCUACUUUCAACUUUCAGAUAAUAAAGUCUGCUACUUUCAGAUGAUCAUGCCUGCUACUUUCAGAUGAUCAUGCUUGCUACUUUUGAGUGCAUUAGUGAAAUAUUCAAGAAGCAAAUAUUAUUUAUAAAAACGCAAAAGAGCAGAUGUUGGAUUUUCCAUUAAUCAAAUAUUAAUUCAAAUUUAAAUUUGUGUCCAAGAUAUGACAGUAUAAAAAAAUAUUUUGUUUUGAACAUGA